CGUCUGUUUUAUCUUCAGCAGAUCCUAAAAUGAUUAGAGACUGGCACCCAUGGGGCCCCUCCUGGGUCGUGGCCGGGGGCCUGCAGAGGUGUGUGUGUGGGGGGGGCGGGGAGGGGGCAGUCUGCCAGGCUGCCCUCACCACGUCCUGCUCUCCCUCCAGCUCCAGCUCUGCCAGAAUGCAGCACCUGCUGCACUCUCUCGUGGUGUCCCUCCUCCUGGCAUCCGUGUGUGGGAAACUCGGCCCUCGGGGUCAGCUUGAUAGCGGAGGAGGAGACCCCGAGUCUGUGGACCCCCGGUGGGGGCAGCUGAAGAGUGGAAACCUGAGCAGACCCCUCCUGCCUGCCGACUUCCACAAGGAGAACACAGUCACCAACGAGUGGAUCGUGGACGGGGAAGAGGACGAGGACUACCUGGACCUGGAGAAGAUCUUCGGGGAGGAUGACGACUACAUCGACGUCGUGGACGCGGUCUCGCCCGUGGACCCUGGGACUGGCGCCGGCAGCGUGCUCCAGCUCUUCCCGGGCAAGAGCCGCAUCCAGCGGCUCAACCUCCUCAACGCCAAGUUCGCCUUAGACCUCUACCGGGCGCUGAAGGAGCAGGUCGGUGCCUCAGACAAUGUCUUCCUGGCGCCCGUAGGUGUGUCCACAGCCAUGGCCAUGCUCUCCUUAGGCCUGCGGGGGGACACCCACGAGCAGGUACACGCUGCCCUGCGCUUCACCGACUUCAUCAACGCCAGCACCACAUACGAGCUGGGCACCGUCCACAACCUGUUCCGGAAGCUGACCCACCGCCUCUUCCGGAGGAAUUUCGGGUACACGCUGCGGUCCGUCAGCGACCUGUACAUUCAGAAGCAAGUUCAAGUCCUGGACGACUUCAGAGCCAAGGUCCGACAGUACUACUUUGCCGAGGUCCGGGCGGCUGACUUCUCUGAUCCCGCCUUCAUCUCCCAAACCAACCAGCACAUCUCGCGGCUCACCAAGGGCCUCAUAAGAGACGUGCUGGAGGACGUGGACCCCGCGACUCAGAUGAUGCUCCUGAACUGCAUCUACUUUAAAGGGUCCUGGGUGAACAAAUUCCCAGCGGAAAUGACACACAACCACAACUUCCGGCUGAAUGAGCGAGAGGUGGUCAAAGUCCCCAUGAUGCAGACCAAGGGGUCCUUCCUGGCGGCAAGUGACCAGGAGCUGGACUGCGAUGUCCUGCGGCUGGAGUACAUGGGGGGCAUCAGCAUGCUGGUGGUGGUCCCGCACAAGCUGUCCGGGAUGAAGACCCUCGAGGCCCAGCUGAAGCCCCAAGUGGUGGAGAGAUGGCAGAAGAGCAUGACAAACAGGACACGGGAAGUACUCCUGCCCAAGUUCAAGCUAGAAAAGGACUACAACCUGGUGGAGGCCCUGCGGUCCCUGGGGGUCACAGCGCUGUUCGACAGGAACAGCAAUAUGACGGGGAUCUCGGACCAGAGGAUUGUCAUUGACCUGUUCAAGCACCAAGGCACCAUCAUGGUGGACGAGGAGGGUACGCAGGCCGCGGCCGUGACCACUGUGGGGUUCAUGCCAUUGUCCACCCAGGUCCGCUUCAGCGUCGACCGGCCCUUCCUUUUCCUUGUGUAUGAGCACCGCACGGGCUGCCUGCUCUUCCUGGGCCGGGUCGCCAACCCCACCAGGUCUUAG